AUGGUUGUGGACAUUACAACUAUGACCUGGGAUGAUUUUAAAACUCGGUUCAAUGACAAAUACUUUCCAGAAUUAGUGGAUGAGAAGAAGGCAACUGAGUUCAUGCAGCUGGAACAGAAUAAUGAUAUGUCAGUCAGUGAGUACGAGAGGAAGUUUACAGAGCUAUCCCGAUUCGCUCCUCACAUUGUUGCGAACGAGUUACACAAAGUCAAAAAGUUUGAGCGGGGGUUGAUCUCUCAUGUGAAGAAGUUUAUGGUGGGUCAUCGUUUUGACACUUAUGCUAAAGUGGUGGAAUGUGCCAUGAGGGGUAGACAAGAUUGGCAAGCAGAGAAAUGGCAGAGAGUGGGUGAAGGUGAACAAUCCACAGCUAUAGUACCAGCCAUACCUAAUGAUGCACAGCCAUAUCAGUUUAAUGGGCAUUGCUAUAAUUGUCGUGAGCAAGGACACUUGGCUCGUAAUUGUCCCAAGCCUCACAAGAAUAACCAGCAGAAAGGUCAUGCACCACAGCAGCAAGGAGGUGCAAGGGUUUAUGCAGUUGUUCCAGAUGGGAGACAGGACCGUGCACCACCAGCAGUGGAAGGUACAUUUACUAUUUAUAGCAGUAUAGCUAGAAUACUAUUUGAUUCAGGUUCUUCAUAUUCUUUUAUUGCACUAUCAUUUGUGGACACACUGGGAUUAGAACCUGGACAUAUGAGUAAUGCCCUAUCUAUUACAACUCCACUCGGGAGCACGACGACACUUGAUAGAAUAUGUUGUGCUUGUCCUGUUACAAUUGGGGAGUUGGAGUAUCCUAUUGAUUUGAUAGUAUUACGUAUGAGAGACUUUGAUGCUAUAUUGAGUAUGGAUUGGUUGGCUAGAUAUCAUGCUCAGUUGGACUGUCAUGAGAGGAUUAUUGUAUUCUCAGUUCCGGGACAGUUUCCUUCUCGAUAUAAGUGUGGGGAGUUCGAGGGCACCAUGACUAUGGGAUUUCUUGCACACAUUGAGGUGGUUGAGCAAUGCGUGACUAUAGAGCAGUUACCUAUAGUGUCAGAGUAUGUAGAUGUGUUUCAAGAUAUUCCGGGUUUGCCUCCUAGGAGGGCAGUGGAUUUCUGCAUCGACCUCACUCCUGGUAUUUCACCUAUCUCUAUGGCACCUUACAGAAUGGCGCCAGUUGAAUUGAGUGAGUUGAAGAAGCAAACUCAAGAGUUGCAAGAUCGGGGGUUUAUUCGACCAAGCACAUCACCUUGGGGAGCACCUGUUCUAUUUGUUAAGAAGAAGGAUAGGUCACUCCGCUUAUGUGUUGACUACUGUGCGCUGAAUAAGGUUACUAUUAAGAACAAGUACCCAUUGCCAUGCAUUGAUGAUCUGUUUGAUCAACUCAGAGGGGCGCAGUUGUUCUCUAAGAUUGACUUGAGGACUGGUUACCAUCAGUUGAGGAUUAGGGAGGAGGAUAUUCCUAAAACUGCCUUCAGGACUCGUUAUGGCCUCUAUGAGUUUUUAGUCAUGCCUUUUGGGUUAAUUAACGCUCCGGCAGCUUUUAUGGAUUUGAUGAACCGAGUGUUUCGACCCUACUUAGAUAAGUUUGUUGUGCCUACUACUGUCACUGAGAUUCGUAGUUUCUUGGGAUUGGCAAGAUACUACAGGCGCUUCAUUGAGGGUUUCUCCAAGAUUGCUGCACCUUUGACCCGUUUGACUCGAAAGGAUGUGAAGUUUGUUUGGAACCACCGCUGUGAGCAGGCAUUUGAGGAGCUGAAGACGAGAUUGACUUCGGCACCAAUUCUUACCAUUCCUAUUAGUGGUGAGAGAUUUGUGAUCUACAUAGAUGCAUCACAUCAGGGUCUUGGCUGUGUUUUGAUGCAAGAUGAUAAGGUGGUAGCGUAUGCCUCUAGGCAGCUUAAGCCACAUGAGCAGAAUUACCCUACACAUGACUUGGAGUUGGCAGUAGUGGUUCUUGUAGUGAAGGUGUGGAGGCAUUAUUUGUAUGGCAAGGAAUUUGAGUUAUUCUCUGAUCACAAGAGCCUCAAAUACCUCUACACUCAGAAAGAGUUGAAUAUGAGGCAACAGAGGUGGAUGGAGAAGAUGAAGGAUUUUGAUAUGACCCUUCAGUAUCAUCCUGGAAAGGCGAAUGUGGUAGCAGAUGCCUUGAGUUGGAAACCGAGAGGAUUAGUUACCUUUAUGAUGAUUCAAGAGUGGAUGAUGUUAGAGGCAUUGGCAGAGUUUUCUAUCAUGCCGAGUUCUCAGAGUAAAGGGGCUCUUCUUUGUAGUUUGAUUAUACAACUGACUUUAAUCAACCGGAUCAUUUAUGCUCAGAACCAAGAUGACAGGUUACAGGCUAAAGCAGUUAAGGCUACCAAUGAUGAGGGUGAUGUGGACUGGACGUGUGGAGUUGAUGGUAGUAUGAGAUUUCGAGGUAGGCUAUGUGUUCCAGACUUAGCAGACCUCAAGAAAGAGAUUCUAGAGGAGGCACACCACUCUAGGUACACAGUGCACCCAGGUGGCACUAAGAUGUAUCAUGAUCUUAAGAGGCAGUUCUGGUAG